AUGCGGACAGGACUCGUGCUCGGACUGGACGGCGCGGGCAAGACGCUGCUGCUGCGGCAGCUCACGGCGCAGGUCGUGCGCAAGCAGAAGACGGUGCUGGAGCGCCUCGACGGAGACUACGCCGUCGACGCCAACACGCAGCCGAGCGUGGGGGUCGAGCACUGGACGCUGCCGCUUGAUGGAGGGAGGACCUGCACGCUGCGCGAAGUGGGCGGCCAGCUGCUGCCCAUGUGGCCGUCCUACUUCGAGUCCUGCCACUUCUGGUUUUUCCUGAUCGACGCUAGCAACCCCACGCAGCUAGCUGCCGCUGCGGUCGAGUUCUUCUCUGUGCUUAGUGUGGAGGAAAUGCGGCGCAAGCCCAAACUGCUGCUGGUCAACCAAAUUGACGCUGGGUUUGUAGUAGACGACAACAUUCUGCGCACGUAUUUGUGCUUAGAUCGUCUUAUGGUCGAGCCUGACUGCGGCCCCGUGCAGAUCCUCAAGACCAGCGCGUUGACGGGGGAGAACGUGGAGCAGGUCCUUAAAUGGCUCAGCCAGACCGUCGGCACUAGCGUCUUCUCCGGCAACAAUACGGGUAUCGCGCUCACAGGACUCAGCGGUCGCUAUCGCACGGGAGGUAGACAGAACUCGGGCAGCGAUAUACGCGUGCAUCCCGUAGCAGACUAG